AUGUCAACGCGGGUCACUCAGGCUGAGCUGAGGACGCUCGAGCGGGCGUUCAAGGUAAACGAUCUGCGCUUCGACUGCAACGUCACGUGGGUGAGCCUCAGUGCGGUGUACUCGAUCAUCCGCAUCUCGGACAACAGGGUCACUCUCGCUAGCGUUCUGGAUGAGUUCUUUGGAGGUAUCUACCGCACCCACGGCACGGAUGUGAAGAGAGUUUCGGACGAGCGCUUCGCGGAGUAUGAGGGUAGGCCGUUCAGCGUGUGUUUUGCCGACCUCCUUGAGGUCGUGUGCGAGAAUGAAGACACGCGAGCGGCGUACAAUACCCAGGUAUCGAACGUGACCUGGGAACCGCAGUCAGCAAAGCCACGUCGAGAUGCAUUUGUUCGUCUCCACAUGUGCUACACGAACAAGUGCGGUCGUCGCCCCCAGUAUGCCCUCGAGAAGAUAUGGGCCCAUGUGUUGCAGUGUGACUUGGCAGUCAAAUCGGCCAUCGAGGUGUACAAACCAGGUAUGUCUGAUCCCCUAGAGGUAGUCUAUUUGACGCCCGUGGACGACGACGACCCGAUCAUUUACCCCCCGCCAGAAAGAAGUCAAGGUCUUUUCAGCGACGACUACGACUGGAUCCCGGAUGGCAUUUGUGAAAUGUAUCUCAUUGAUGGAGGCACUACUGGGAACUAUCUUCUCUAUGAACCUGGGAUGUUCUGCGUUGAGAAGCUGGGAAUGUCAGAUGAGUUUCGGCUACACGACAGGAUCGAUAAGGCUUUCGUCGAGGCAGCAGAGAAAGAAUUUCGGCAACGGAUGGGUAAACUCAACCUCGGCUGGAUCUACUCGGAUGCGACCGAUCACGACAAGAAAGAGUUGAUCCGCCAGAAGAAAAAAGCUAUGGCCGAUCUUGCACGGUCGCCCAUUGACGGGCAUCACGCUGGCCGCGGCGCGCGGAUACCCAGCGCGGUGACUUGCAGCUGCGAGCUGCUGGACUCCGCCGAGCACGUGAAGGCUCGGCCGUUGAGCACGGCGUUGCUGCUGCAGUGCGAGUGGGCCAGAGGCAGGGGCACCGCUGCCUCGGCACCGCCGUCGUCGCUGCUACCGAACUUCUGUCGGCGCCAUAUCAUGCGGCUAACGUCCAGCUUGUAG